AUGCAAGGAAGUGUGCUUCCAGAUAUCCGCAGGUUCGCCCUGAUGGAUACCUUGCUCCAUGUUGAAGGAUGCACGUCUGCGUUUCCAGCGGUGUGGGUGCACGGAAAACACACAUUGGAGGAAAGCUUCUGUGACAAAGCGGAGCUGGGGCCGUUGCUAUCACUAAUGAAGUCGCAUUACAAGGCUCACCCAUUUUUGUCGAUGCAUGAAGAUGCUAUGACACCCCACGACAAAGCUCGCGUGUUCUAUAUCCGCGCUGUGGAAGAAUUCUACAAGUUUUGCAAGGAAUGCAGCGCGUCAUAUCUAUUUGUGUACAUGUUCAACAACUGGAUUUUCAACGACCACGGGUCGAUCUUCUUCGCUUUAUCAUCGUGA